ACCCUCACCAAAAGACCGGAAGCACAUGCUGCCGCUCUGCUGUUGAUAUUGUUGUCGUCUGUGACAUGCUGCUGGAAAAAGGUAUUAAUUUGUGUGUUUUUUGAAGUAUAGCGACCGUAUAAAGAAACAGAAUGGCCGCAGCAGUGGCUACACCUGUCACCCCCACGGAGCUCGACACUGACCGGAUCGAAGAGGAGAACCGUGGAGCAGCCGAGGCGGAGGAGGAGGUCAUCCAGCCGCAGAUCACAGGCCCCGUGGCCGGCACCCGGCUGUCCAAACUCCCGCUGGCCCGCAUCAAGGCGCUCAUGAAGACCGACCCGGACGUGUCACUGGCCAGCCAGGAGUCUGUGUUUAUCAUCGCUAAAGCCACGGAGUUGUUUGUUGAGAUGAUUGCCAAAGAUUCCCUGGUGUACGCCCAGCAAGGGAAGAGGAAAACUUUGCAAAGAAAAGACCUGGACAACGCAAUAGAGGCCAUAGAUGAAUUUGCAUUUCUUGAAGGCACAUUAGAUUAAGCGCUGAGAACAUCGAGUAUCUGCCACCAUCCAAGUAACUUUCUGUGAACAGAGAGACUUUGUUGUGAACAUCUUUCUGGUAUUUUCUAAGGCAAUCUAAAUUGGAUAUUUACAAAUGCGUUUACAAAGUCCCAUUAAGAUUUUUCAUACUUAAUUUUGAAGACAUCAGUGGUAAUGUGUACAUUUUUUGUAAAUAUUUGUGAAAUACAACUGUACAAUGGAAUAAAUGUAAGUUUUAAACUAAUUAAA